UUUGGCAAUCUGCAUGAUGCGCCAGCUGCAUAGGGCUGGCGCUCCUAAAAACAGCGUCUGUUGCAACCCCUGGCGGUCGCAAACUGCACAUCCUCACUUCAGAGGUGAUGUGUACAUUCGUUCACACGCCAUCGAAAAGUCCAAGCUUGUUGCUCGACCCACCCAUUUUACACAUUGAAUUCGAAGCACAGUGACGCAGACAAGCAUAAAGCGGCUUAUUGUUAUAUAGCGCCCCCUGCUUUUAACACGCCAGAUUCGUCGGCGUCGCCAAGUAGGCACUAUAUCAUACAGAAAAUAGCGCUCCUGUAGAAAUCUGCUGUCAAUUCAGCGGCUAACGAGUGUACAGACGGUAGUCAAAUUAGCAAGACGAAAGUUACAUAAUUGAGAUAACAUACUAGAAAAAAACUUUAAGGAACUUCUUUACUGUAAGAAGUGAACUUUCGCGCGGCUAGAGCAACUUUACAGCAGGAAUAUGUUCGCAUUGAUGAAGACUAGUGUACCCGUAUGUUGUGUCGCGGCAGUGAUCGCUACGUUCUGCCACAUCACCAUAACGAUAGCGGAACUAGCAGACUCAGCUAACAACAACACGUCGAGCGUAUCGAGUAUCACUGCUCCUCAGACGUCAAAUGAAGCGCUUUCCACUACAACUGGCGUCCCAAAACCACGUUGUCCAGGUACCUGUCACGGAAGUGUGAUGAGUCUAUUCUGUGAGCACGUCGACACUAUGUUCGGCUGUCCUGAAGGUGAAUUCUGCUGCAUUCGGAGGCCCACUACGCCGACUCCGCCUACCACCGAAGCUGAGAUACCUGAAUGCAAGGGUUUUUGUAUACCAUAUUUUCUAUCCGGCCUCUGCUAUAGACCUGCUCGACUUAUUCUACGAACAAUCAAUUGUGAACAGGAAACGCUCUGCUGUGAUAAUACGCCUGCUUCGCUCUUACCAAUACUUCCUGAUGACUCAGAAAAUGAGAUGCGCCGAUCACGUUUUUGGUGAUCUGAGCUAUAUCUGUAUACGUGCUUAGCAUUGCAGCACGGAAAUCUAAUAUUCAAAAAUAGCUUUGAUCAUAAUACGGAGGUCUUAAUAAAUAACGUAAUCUUUAGAAACUGGCGCGUAGGGCACACUUGUACACUACACAGUGUAUACACAGUGUGUUAUGACAUCGUUAAGAAAUACCACGUAUUUCUUUAUGAUAAAACAGUAACAAAAAGCGUCCGAAUAGCUUUAGUAGCUCUGCAAAAAAACGAGAAGAUGAUCUAGAAGUAAGCGAGUCCCCGUUGUCGUCUGCUGUUUAGCGUUUGUCUAAUCUGACCUUGCAGAUCGUCGUCAAAUGACACAGGAAUACACUGACUAAUACGACAAACGCGUCGUACAAAGAGGAAACACGCAUCUUCUUAAGCGCCCGUCUAAGCUCUCGCUUCACUAACACCAUAAUGAGUGUGAUUAAAUUUUUAAAAAUACAUAAAAGUAUGCAAAUGAUGAUGAUAGUAGUAGCGACGCUUCGUUCAGACUGCAGAAUAACAACGCGCCAUUUUUCAAACAAGAAUUUUGACUAGCAAAUUAAUUAUGUACUUCAUAUACGAUGCAGUGCUCUACUAGUUCUAAUCUAUAUUAUGUAUAAGGUUAGAGCCUCAUCUAUAAUGUAUCCCUAUUUCGAAAUGGCGAAAUAAACAUUUUUCACU